AAUCCACUGCUAAAAAAUGGAGAUAUCUGACAUAAAACUUCGUUAUAAUUGUGAACCUUGUACGCAUCUUAAGACGUCAGCAUUCUCGGAUGGUUUUUGUUUACAAUGCGAAGAAGAAAUGUGUCAAAGGUGUUUUGAUACACAUAAACAAUUCAAGCUUAACCGGGGUCAUCAGCUUGUCCACUCAGUCGAGGCUAAAUCUAAAAGCAAAGAAAGAACAAAAUUUGAUAAUUGUACUAAACACCUCAAUAAGUAUAUUGAAUUUUUCUGCCCUGAACAUGGCCAAGUAGGGUGUGGUGAUUGUAUGGUAAUCUCCCACAAACCCUGUAAAAUCAAGAAUAUACUUCAACACAUUGAUGGAUAUAAAAACAGUGCAGAGUUCAAACAGUUAAAGAAGGACAUAGAGAAGUAUGACGGUGAAGCGAGAUCUAUGUUACAAAGCAUCGGGCGCAGCAAGGACCAUAUAAAAGAUGUCAACAAAAAGUUUGCUCUUGACGUCAAAUUAUUCAGGGAUGAAAUUAUUUCACAUAUCACAAAACUUGCUGAUGCAAUGCUAAAAUAUGGAGAUGAUAUCAUGGCAGCAGACAUGAAAAAAAUCGAAAACCUGGAAAAAGAAAAUAAAAGCCUUGUUGAUGAAACAAAUGGCAUGAGAGUCACAUUGCAAUCAGAAGUUGAUCAACCGUACAAAUUGUUUAUCAGUUCCCUGUCAUACACACAAAAUCUUCAUCUCUUCCAUCACCAGUUAGAAAGAAUUAAAUAUAACAAUACGAUCGAAACGUACAAUUUCAAGCGUGACUGUAACCUCGAACAAUUGGUGAAAACUUGUAAACAACUAGGAACUGUGCAUAAGCCAAAGGAAUCGGAUAACGGUUCAUCAGUUUUGUGUUAUCCCAAGGAAACGGUAAGAGAAAACAGAGCAACAUCGACGAAAAAGGCUCAACAUUCACCAGCAAAUCAACCGUUGCCGGGCAGGCAGCUUGUUUGCAAAAAACUCAUCAUUGCCGGAGAAUUCAUCAGUUUUGCUGAAAAGGCAAACGGUUACCUUGGUUUAUUUAUUAACACUCACACAGUUAAGCAUCGUGACAUUUUUGAAAUCGAGAUUGUGAGUCUUGGAAGUGGCGGAGUUAUAGCUAUUGGUGCGGUGCCGGAUGACUUUCCUGAUAAUCUUUUACCGGGUUUAGGAAAUGAUUCCCAUGGAUAUCAUUCAGACGGAAGUGUUUAUCAAAAUUGAAGGGAAUUAUAUGCAUGGCAUCAACAAUCGUGGCAAGUGGGAGAUAAAAUCAAAUGUACAAU